UUGUUAAUUUCCAGGCCCAUUAUUGUUAUCUAUGCUUAUCGUCUUCCAUCGAAUAAAACCUUUAAUCAUGCCAAAUUUUUAAGAUUUUUGCAAUUCACACUGGAUAAGGUUGUCGAAUUGGAUUACACGAUUGUUUAUUUUCAUUACGGGUUGCGAAGCAACAAUAAGCCACCGUUGAAAUGGCUUCUUCAAGCUUAUACCAUCUUGGAUAGAAAGUACAAGAAAAAUUUGAAAGCUUUAUAUUUGGUGCAUCCGACACGAUUCAUACGCUUCGUUUGGAGUAUUUUCAAGCCGUUUAUCUCGAUCAAAUUCGAACGAAAAAUCCACUACGUCGAUUAUUUGCACGAAUUAAAUUCAGCGCUACCGCCUCGUCCAACACAGCAAUUCAAUGUCUCAUUGCAGUUCAUUUUAUCGCAUAAUCCGGACUGUGAUAUACCUCCAGUGGUCACUGAUCUCAUUGCGUUUUUACGUGAGAAUUCACUGAAUGUUGCUGGACUUUUUCGACGUUCCGCUGAAGUUAAUUCCAUCAAGCGGCUUCAAGAACGAAUCAAUAUGGGCGAACGAAUAGAUUUCCUGAAUGACGAACCAUACAAGGAUAAUUUGCAACAGGCCUCCAUCGAUGCAUCGGUUUUGUUGAAAACAUUUCUUCGUUCGCUUGGCGAACCUGUUACAACAAAUGCACUUUAUCCUAAUCUUGCUGCACUUGCUGGUAUGAUUUUUACGUAUUUUUGCAUGUUAAGAUCUAUGGGUCACGGCAUUUUCGUGAAUUUUUUGUUUUUUUUUUUGUCAUUUUCAGAUUGUUUUGACUGUUUUUUUUUGACGAGGUAUAACUACAAGCUAUUUUUCGGACUUUGCGGCUAGCA